CCCGCCCCGCCCCUCCCGCCGGCGCCCGCCGCUCCCGGGGCUCGGCGCGGGCCUGGGGAAUCGGGAGCCCGCAGCCGGGGUCGCAGCAUGGGGCGUUUUCGCGGGGGCCUGCGGUGCAUCAAGUAUCUGCUGCUCGGCUUCAACCUACUGUUCUGGCUGGCUGGGUCCGCCGUUAUUGCAUUUGGACUAUGGUUUCGGUUUGGAGGCGCCAUAAAGGAUUUAUCGUCAGAGGACAAGUCCCCAGAGUAUUUCUAUGUGGGGCUCUAUGUGCUGGUUGGAGCCGGGGCCCUGAUGAUGGCUGUGGGUUUCUUCGGGUGCUGUGGAGCCAUGCGUGAGUCACAGUGUGUGCUCGGAUCAUUUUUUACCUGUCUGCUGGUGAUUUUUGCUGCUGAAGUAGCCACCGGAGUAUUUGCUUUUAUAGGCAAGGACGUAGCUAUACGGCAUGUACAGACCAUAUACGAGGAGGCAUACAGCGAUUACCUUAAAGACAGGGGAAGGGGAAAUGGGACUCUUAUUACCUUCCACUCAGCAUUUCAAUGCUGUGGAAAAGAAAGCUCUGAACAAGUCCAGCCCACAUGUCCAAAGGAGCUUCCUGGCCACAAGAAUUGCUUCGACAAAAUUGAAACCAUAAUCAGUGUUAAGCUCCAGCUCAUUGGAAUCGUCGGUAUUGGCAUUGCAGGUCUCACGAUCUUUGGCAUGAUAUUCAGCAUGGUGCUUUGCUGUGCAAUACGAAACUCACGAGAUGUGAUUUAAAGACACUUCAUCAUGAAAAUUGCAAUCUAGAGUUCUCAUACUAAAUGUCACAAGAGCUGUCUCAGCUCAUUUUUAAUAUUCAGGAUAUUAGAAGCUAAAAUAAUUUUUGGUCAACUGUAUAUUUGCACAUGUAUGUCUGUCUGACUCAUUACUGACUUGACCCUUGAGUGAAUGUCACAUAUGUGCUCUGUGAGUUUCUGGUAUAUGCACUGCACAUACUUGUAUCUGUUUCCUGGGGAUCCCGAGUCCUUGUUUGCAAGCAGAAUAACUGAUGUAAGUUAAAAAAACAAAACAGUAAUGAGAGACUUCUAACACCUGGCUCUUCAGGAAAUGUAAUAAUGGGCCCAUUUCUCAGAUUUUAGCCGUGAAAGUUAGCUACAUAAAAGAAUCCAGAAUUUCUAGUUAAUGGAAGAUAUAAGCUAUAAGACUUAAGGGAUCAUGGAGAAAUAUCAAGACUGAUUGUAUCUAAGUUGAGUGUAAAAGUUUCUUGGAAUAUAUAUAUAUAUUCUCCCCAAAUACAGUAAGCCACAGUUUCAAAGCUAAACACAUCUGUAAAAGUAAAUAUAGCAUGGAAAAAUCUAAUUUGAAAAAGUCAUGCGUUCUUAGUAUUUAAAAACAGAGAACUUCUCUCUGGAAAAAGAAGUUGCAUAGACAAGCAUGUGCCCCAUAAAAGUGAGUGCUUUUAGGACUAAAAAUAACAACUUUUAAGGGGGGAAAAAUGUUGUUAUACAAAGUCAUGCAAAUGUUGCUUUAUCCCUCUUCUUUCCUGACUCAGCUUUGAACUGCUGGAAGCCUCACUUUCCCCAAAGGGCUUUUAUCUCACACCCUGAGUGCUUCUCCAGCUGUGGUGACAGGCAAAAGCAAGAACCCUGCAGUGCAUGCUGGGAGAACUCUCACUGGCACCUUACCUUCAGAAUACCUCAUGACUUGAGUUUACAUAUUUUCCUAAUUUUUUGCAUUUUCCUAUUUAUCUGUGUAGAGAAUUCUUCUAGAUUAAGAAUACAGUUUUAUCCUUUAAAAUAAAUAACCUCCC